GCUCGAGUGCGCUCACAGAUUUGACCGCUGCGCUCACUGCUUGGCUCGACGAGGCUAUCCCCGCAGUCCUUCUCUCUACGCUGCUUAUUUGCUGUACAUUGCGCGACCCAUCCCCGCCAGCGCGACACCUUUUCUGCACCGCACGACCCCCUUCACCCACCGCUUCUCCAUACACGCUAUCAGUGCUUCAGGGCUCGCCCAACUGCCUCACGUCCAUUGCUUCUCGCUCUCCGCUCGUCACUUGAAAGCGUAGAGGAACACCUCGCACCUCGCCACGCAGAAGCAGCAUGCCGUUGCUCGACAGUAUACAAAGUGCGGUCACCCGCGUUCUCCCCGAGAAGAAACCGACCUUGCCCAUGCCCAUGUCGACCACCGGAGGGAUAGGGAACGCUGGGAUGAUGCCCUUCGAGGACGACGUGAGUGGCCUUCUCUUCGUUGUCGAUGUACGCAGUACGGGAGGCGCUGCCGGCUGCGGCGCCUUGACAGCAUCGGUCUCGUCGUGGUUACGUAAUGUUCAUGUUCUUUCAACAUCCCACCACGCGUCUAUGGCGACGACUGCAGAGACGGGAGGGUAUCUCGUCUUCCUGCUCUUCAUACCUGUACUCUCGACACUAUGGAUCUGGAUGAUUGUGUCCAAGCCCGCCAUCAUAUUCCAUGCGUCUCAGUCCUUCUUCAACUUCCUGGCGAUGUGUUGCCUUGCGAGCGUCGCUGCGUUCCAGGCGAAGUGGAACGUUGGGCCGUCGGGUCUGACCGGCUUCGCACUCUUCAUUUCCAUCACCGGGGUCCUCUUUCCGUUGUUCCUGCUGUUCGUUCCUGUGGUGUACGAGAAGUACAACAAGGGCGCACGCCUUGCACGCGCGCUCAGCGAGCUCCGCGUGUCCUUCAUCCUCAUAGGCACGGGCACUACCCUCAGCCUCCUCAUUGCGUUUAUUGUCACGAUCUCUGCCUGGACAGAACCUGGCUGCAAGAACGCGAAUAACGACCCGCACGCGAAGCUGGGCGACACCUUUAAGAACGGGCUGUCAGGGUGGUGUGCUACGAAGAAGGCUGGUGCAGUCUUCUUCUGGCUAGCAUUCGGCUUCUGGCUGGCAUCACUUAUCCUCACGAUCAUGCACUGGCGCAGCGGCAAGUCAACGCGGCCACGUGACACGCCGUUCACUCACCCCGCCGAGUUCUCCGAGGUCGCGUCCCACGAAGGCGAUGACUACGGCGAUGAGGAGUCGCAAUACAACCCCAAGCCCGUGGACGACGACGCGCGCUCGCCCUUCGCCGACUCGCCAUACACCCCGCCAUCCUUCCCUGCCGCGCCCGCCGGCUCGUACACCGCCCCAGGCCAGCCACGACCGAGCAUCGACGCGUACGGCGCGUUCUCCGACCCGCCCCCCUCGGGCUUCGGCGCGCCGGGCACUGCGACGCCGCCUCCCGAGGGCCCGCGGCUCAGCCGGACGAUGCAGUACGCGGACCCGUAUGCCGCGGUGCGCGCGACGAUCGCGGCGGGCCAGGGCCAGCGGAACUCGACGGCGUCGUCGAAUCCGCCUGUGUACAACAACUAUAGCGGGUACUGAGAUGGAGUUCACGAACGCCGGGCAGCCUCUAGACGAUCUAUUGUAGUAUAGUAAUGAUCCAUGGACUGCAGACGACCUCGCAACGACGCGCAUGCACGACUAUAUUCCGCCUAUGUUGUGUUAUGGAUGAUUAGGAGUAGCUCGCUAACUUAUUAUGUGAAUCCCUAUAUUGCCAUAUUCAUGCAGCGUUUUUCUUCC